AUGAUUCAGUCAAGGCUAAGUUUGUUUUUCAGUACAUGUGCGAAUAAUAUUCAGGCUUGUGACGAGACCGAAUGGAGGCGUACAGACGGUAGCUGCAAUAACCUUUAUUAUCCUACCCGGGGAGCAUACCAUACACCAACUUUCAGAAUCCUGCCCGCCGAUUUUCGUGAAGAUUUUGAGCCCAGGUUGACCAGUUCAGGGAAGGAGUAUCCUCUAGCCAGACAUAUCAAGAACAAUCUAUUGACAGUAGGAUUGGCUACAGAUGCAAAAUUAACGCAGUUGUCUGCGUAUUACAUUGAGUUUAUGGCCAUUGAUGUUGUCUCCGCACAUGACAUCUGUAAGAUCCCCAUAUCACUAAAUUAAGAGUGGUGCAGCGAU